UCGCCAAGACAUCCCAUAUACAGCUGGUCCAGGAGGGAACGGGAAGCAGCGGGUGGAAACAGCCUUUAAAUACAAUGAGUGAAGGAGAUGCCAUUUCCCUCUGCAAUUCUUCUCUGAAGUUCACCCACCAAGAUUCUCUUAAUGUUGAAAGCAGCAAUAGAGCUUCAGAGGAUGAAAUACGGAAUGUGAGGAGGAAAAGGGAUCCUGGCUGCAGGCUCUACAAAGGAGACCAUCUUUUUGAGCCAGGGUUGGAAAAUCUGAUUUACAAUUCUGAAGACUCUUCACGGAAAGUUUGGCAACAGUCAUGUGAUACAAGAACAUGCCUUAACACCAAGGAGUCUCUGCAUGUAACAGACUGGAAGGAAUCCUCCGAUAAUAAAAGAAUAUUCUUCCCCCGGGAGGAAUCAUUAUCCAAAGGAGAAUCAACACAACAAAGCAAAAUGCUGGAUGAGUCAAAGAGAAGCUCCAUUAUGGGGAAAAACUUGAUUAAAGAAGCACCAUGGGAAACUGAGAAUGAGAAAGUUUUACUGGCAAAAGAAUUGUUACCUCUGGAAGAUUCAUUUGUGAUAAUGGGGGAGUCAUUGCUGGAGUGCAUUGUUAAGGAAUCCCCCAUAAAAGAAGUGUCCUGUUUUCUCACCCAACCCACAGGCUCUUUAAUUAAGAAAAAUCCAUGUUUUGUUACUGAAGAACUAGUUUUCAGAGAGGACAACUUCAACGUGGCUGGCAAAGCAGCCAGUCAUGAAGGAAAUAUGACAGCCUCUGAACAAUACAUUGACUGUGCAGACAACUUGAAGGAUAUUUCUCCAGUCUCUUUGAAUGAAAACAUAGAAUAUAUUCGAGCUCUGAUGCAAUCAAAUAGGCUCCUCAAAGAAAAUAUCAAGAGCAACUUAAUGCAUGGUUGCAACAAAGAGGAAAGUGUUGGCAGCAGCCUUCUGCCUGAGUCUGGAGCAUGUAUAUCUGAGAAGGCUUUAUUCCAUCCUUCUGAGAAGUCACUCAAUAGUCAAGAAGAAUGCACACAAGGGGACACAGAUAGUAAAGGAAUUCUCCUAUCUCAUAAUGCAAGCAACCACAGCCUCUGUCCAUAUGAAGCAUCCUUCAAUAUGGACGAGACAAAAAACUCGGAGCCUGGCCCAGAGAAAUGGCUGGUCCAGGUGGGAGAUGUGGACUUGAAUGUGGUCAUCAAGGGAUUAGAACAGGAUCAGCAAACGCAGCAAACCCAAAUCAUGGAUCUUCAGUAUGAUAAUAUUUUUUUGGAGAAAAAGAUUAAAGAAAUAGAGAAGCUGCUGCUUGAAGAGGAGGGUAUGGACUUAGGUGAGGUCAUGAAGAAGGUAGAACAGGCCCAGAAGAAACAGCAGACCCAAAUCAUGGAUCUUUACUAUGAUAAUAUUUCUAUGGAGACCAAGAUUAAACAGCUAGAGAUGGAAAUUGUCCAGCAGCAGCAUUUUAUAGACACCAUAAACAAGCUGAAGAAGAAUAUUGAAGAUCUGAUUGAAGCAAAGGACAAGAUCACUGUGGAGAAAUCUGAGACUGACAGCUGCCUGAAGAAUGUGCAGGAGGCUUUAUCUACUGCCAGGGAGCAUCUUGAGGAAGCUGGGGUUGAAAGAAAAGUCCUGCUGCUGCAGUUGGAAAAACUCAAAACUGAUUAUAGUCUCCUUCAGGAAAAGCAUGAGACAGAGAUGGAGUUGAAGACCAAAUCUAUGACCCAGUGCUUACAGAUGGAUCAGAUUCUACGCAGGAGAGAGAAAGAAAUACAAGAACUUCAACAUCUCAAACAAAAGCUGGAGCAUGAGGUCAAAACUGCCACUUCUGCCUUGCACAGACUAAGAGAAGAAAAGGAGAACGCCGAAAAACAACUCCUGUCCCUUCAGGCAGAACUUCAGAGACAGAAGGACGACAGGCUGGCAGAAAUGCAGAAGUUGGAGUCCAGUUAUAACAAGCUGGUUGCUCAGAUUAAAAUCUUGCAAACAGAAUCUGAAAAUGAGCGGGCUGAGACAGAGAAAAUGCAACAGCAGAUUACUGCAUUCAAAAUAGAGAACCAAGAGCUUCAGCAACAGAUAGUGAAAGACAGAGAGCAAAAUCGUUUCCUCCAGCUUGAAACUGCCAAGUGGAAAGAGCAAUAUGACAAAGUCAGGGAGUCGCAAAUAGUAAAGGAGCAGAUGCAAUAUCAAAUGAUCCAGACACUCCGACAUAAAAUUGGCAUACAGAAGGAAGAACUAAGGAAGAAAGAAGAAGAAAUAGAGUGGAAAAUGCACAUUCUGGGGAGAUUUCUUCUGGAUAUGAAGUCAAUGCAUUCUGAUUUAACCCAGAAAAACCUCCAUAGUGAAGAAGACCAUUUCAGUUCUCCAUAUGUGCAGAGAGCAUCCCAGCUUCUAUCUAAAAUUCGCAGCCUUCUGGCUCUUACAGAGGGACUUCUUACCUGCCAGGACAUGGAUAGUCAUUCUGCCAUUGAAUAUUCCAAGAAGAAUCUAACAAUUACUGAGCUAAGAGAAAAAAUGAAGAACAUCACCCUUAAAAAGAACACAUUGGAGAAAGAGUUACAGAAACACAGGGAAAGCAUAUCAGCCAUGAGAGAGUUAAUUAUUAAUGAGAAAGCUUCCCAAGAUCAAGCAACUGAGGAUGCAGGUGCAAAUCUAGAGGAAACUGGGAGUGGCACAAAACUUUUAGAUUUGCUGAGAACAAAAUUGGGUGAAUACCAUAAGCAAAGUGAUGACCUCCAUUUCCAGAUCACUAACCUGGAAAACUAUCUAGUGCUAAAGGAAGAAGAAUGCAAGAGGCUUACUGGAGAAAAUGAGACGCUUCAAGGAGAUUUGGGUAGCUUGACAUGCAAGGUAACAUCAUAUGAGGAAAUUAUUGAAUGUGCUGACCAAAGGCUUGAGAUAGCCAGUUCUCAGAUAUCAUACUUAGAGAAAAGAAACAAGCAUCUGGAAGAUUUAAUGAAGAAGUACAAAGUAAAAGUCAGAAAGCUGAGGAAAAGAUGUUGGUCUGCUUUUCCAAAUGCUAUGACUGAGGGUCAAGAUGUUCAAAAAUCCAAUGAAAACAAUGUAGAUAUUAAAGAACAGAAGAUGAAAUAUUCACUCUAUCAUUGUCAAAGCAAACUAGCAUGUCUGCCUCUUUCAGUGCACAGGUUGUAUACCUGUUUUGGGACUGAAUCAGGAUUAUGUAAUGAAGAAAACUGAUGUACGCAGGACUCCUACCUCAUUUGUUGCUGAAGUUGGAACCAUAUACUGAAUGAGGGAGGGGAUUAUAAAACAAGACAGGAAGGUCUCACGGUUAAGGCAGUUGAACACUGAUCUGGGGAACUGAAAUCCUCCCCGCCUCUGCCACAGAGAUCCUAUGUUGGGCAAGUCGUUGUAUACCAAACUUCCUACAGGUGUCCAGUAAUUGUUUCCCAUCUAUAAUAUGAGGAUAAUAUUCCUUGAUUAUCUCACAAGAGUGUUAUGAAAAUAAAUUAAUAUUUGUGAAACAUUUGUUGUAGUAAUAAACACGAUAGAAAAAUCCAUAAGGAAAUUAAUAGCUCUGUCUUCAGUGCAGAAUUAGUGUUCAGUAAGACCUGGGCCCAUGCUCUGAACUAUUAAGAGACAACAAAAUGUUUAAGUGAGCACCAUCUGUCCUGAGCACUGAAUGAAGGCAAAAAAUAACAUGUCAUGCAAUUAAAUACUGUACCACAAUGAACAUGUGUAAGGAGAACAAAUUGAAGUUAAAUUUUUAAUUCUGAGUAGCUGACUUUGCAACAUUUAUAGUGUUCUUUUAACAGUUUGUUUAAUUAAAGAAUUCACUCAAUAUUAUAUUGAGAGUUAAAUUUUUGACAACAAUCUUCAGAGAAACUAGGAAUUGUUUUGAAAUACUAAAUAGAAUAUUUGGUAUCUUUGGUUCUUUUUGGCUUGCAGAAAAUCAGACCCCAUCACUUUGCUAAAUGGUUGCCUGUUUGAAAUUAUGGCACUUUUUUAAUCAAGAGCUUUCGAACACAUAUGGGUCCUGACUCAAUGCUGCUGACAGUUAAUAGCUACCUUUCCAUUGACUUCAGAGGACACUGGAUCAGGUUUGUAAACCCCAGUUCAAAAGUA